AUGUCUAGCACUAUGCUGACUUUCGUCAUGACCAGUGCAGCUGCCAUUGUGGUGAUGGCGCAACUGGCUGCCAUGUGGAUGUUCGUCGAUAUGUCAUACUUUGAGAAGACUCUCAUGACCAGCAUGACGGAUUUCAAGGUAGAGUCGAAUGAUGUAUGGCAAAAGAUAGUGUCUGACGAUCUGCAGCGUUCUGCGCGUUCGGUGCAACACGAAACUAAUCGUCGAAAUCGCCAAAGAGGGGCAAAAACCGUUUCGAAACAAGAAGGAUCCCAAGCAUACUCCACUGGCCCAGCAAUCAGCGGUGCAGGCGCAAGCAUUUCCGACGCAUGUCCUCCGGGUCCACCUGGACCUCCUGGCGAAGCCGGAACUCCGGGAGGUAAGCAGUUUGAUCAUUUUACCUAUUCCAAAACUUCGAAGUAUGACUUUCCUGCAGAGAAUGGCCUACCCGGACAGGACGGUCACCCAGGACUGGAUGGGAAUGAAAUGGGCUAUAAUGCUGCUCCAAAAGGCUGUGUUCAAAGUACAUCAGUGCCUGGCCGGGAAGAGCCAGGCGGGUCCACGCCGGGUAGCCGAUGGUCCACCAGGUCCCGCUGGAAACCCGGCGCUGACGGUGAUUCGGGAUCAGCAGGGGCAGUUGGAACAGCAGGACCACCAGGACCUCCUGGUUCACCCGGACCCGAUGGAGCACCAGAUGGUGAUGCUUACGUCCAAGCUCCUUCCGAGCCCGGUCCACCUGGCCCACCUGGGCCCCCAGGAAAGGACGGCGCACCUGGUCCACCUGGAGCUCCAGGAGUCUCAGGAGCAGAUGGUGAACCGGGACAAGAUGCAGCGUAUUGCCCAUGUCCUCCUAGAGCUGGCGCUACAGAGUCUCACCAAUCUGGCUACGGCUGGCGAUAA